AUGGUGAAACCGCGUAGCAACAAAGCUGGCAAGAAGUUGGAGGGAGGUGACCACGGAAAGGAGACGGAGACAAAUGCUCCUGACGUACCUGUGCCAGACGCUGCUGACAAGAGCCGGGCCAUCUCCCCAGCGACGCCUGCUGUGCUUGGCCCUUUUGAAGACCUGCUUGAUCUGCAAAGCAAGGCGGACAAUGCUGCUGGUACUGGUGAUGGCGUCGCUGUUGACGAGGCGACUUCUGGAGGACAAGAUCAAGUCCCGGUGAAAGAAGGAUCUACUGACAUGGACAAUAAGGAUGAUGAAGAAGAAGACUUGUCUGAUCCGGUCCCGGAGGAGGAAGACGAUGGAUAUCUGAGUGACGACUCGGACGAACACCUGGAACCUGCCUCGCUCUCCAGUGCUUUGGCUCUGAAACGUUUCACAGUAACCUUGCUAGUGCCGAUCCUCAGGAAAACGGAAGUCAAGCGCGCUGCUGUUACGAUAGCUGCGUUGUUGGACGACUGGAAGGACCAGUUAACUCCGGAUGUGCUGCAGACCACGACCUACCAGGAGCUUUCGGCGACCUUCUUCUCUGGCACACGCUACGGUCGGCUGCAAGUCACAUUUAACCAUGUCAGAGACGCGAACUUCGUAUGGAAUCAAGUCAUCAAACACGAGUGUGUGAAUGGGGACAUCAUCGACCUUACCUGGCAAUUCCUUGAAGACGCGCGCUUCCUCCGAGAACGUGUUCUGAACCCGUUGGCGCAGGAGGUGGUGGUCAAGGGGGUGCCGGCAGAAAUCACUGCGGAGCUUAUUCGCCAUCUGCUGGUUGUGUCAAAGCUGGUCAAGCGAGGCAGGAGUGCUUUUGCCAGCGGUUUUGGCUUUCACCAGCCGACGUCGAAGAAACGCUACCUGCUUCAUUACCCGUCACUCACCUGCGAGUUCUGCAGCGGUCCGCAUAUGUCUCGUUACCACGAUCACUAUGUCACGCCGAGAUAG